CAUUAUGAUAUUUUAAUAAACUUUCAACUCAUAUUUUGACGACAAGACCUGUCUUUAUUUUGAACCGUGCCAUCCGGCAAUCACCUGCUCCGUAUCUUGUGGGAAGGAAAGUAACUAAAAAUUACUUGAUUCCUUUUUUAAGGCCGGGCGUUUUCCUUGGUGCGCCUGACCAACGGUCUGCACCCAAGUGUGAAUAUUAACCUCAAUAUUACACCCUUGUUCUUCAAGAACUAAUUUUAAUUAAUUUGUGGCUGAUUUCAAGAUAAAGAUUUCCAGGUUUCUCUCGCAUUGUUCUCUAUCUUCGGGCGCAGGGUGUGCAGCAGCGCGACGCGAGGUUAACCCCAAAACACAUAACAAACUAUGUGAUGCCCCGCAGGCGCAUUGAGACAACAACAACGUAGUGCCAUAAUGGCUGUAGCAUUAAUGGAAAUUUGUAAAGGCAUUUAGUUUGGGCUGAAAAAUUUUAAUAAUGCCCUGACUAUGGUGGGUCAGAGAUGGCAAAUGCACUUUCACCGUCGCUGUGGACGAUAUAUCAAGCUAUCCGACCAUAACCAACGCGCUAGGAGGGAAGGAGACACUUAUGAUCACGGGCUGGUGUUUAGCGAAAGGCCUCUUCAUACAGGCGAACUCUUUCAACUAAAAAUUGAAGAAAUGGAGCUUAAGUGGGCUGGAUCACUGAGAAUUGGUGUAACAACAGAAAAUCCAAACCUCAAUGAAACAAAGAUCGCAAGAGCAGUCACAGAUUUGUUUACAAGUGAUGAUGAGAAUUACUGGGUUUUAUCUGGGCAGAGUGUGCACAAUGGAAAAAAAGAAUUUGAAUAUAAUAAACUUAACAUGUACUCAUUACGUGUUUAUGACAGAGUUGCUGUUCAAGUGAAAUCAAAUGGUGAUUUACAUUUUUAUGAAAAUGGUUUUGAUAGAGGAAUUGCCAUGAGAGAUAUGCCAAUACAAAAGGAACUUUUUGCUGUAUUUGAUCUUUAUGGGCAAACAAAGCAAGUGUCUUGGGAUUACUUUGGAGCACCCUCGCUUGAAAAGCUUUGCCAGAAAAAACUUCGACUAUACCUGUCUAAAGAAGAAAUUGACAAAAUUCCAUUACCUGCAAGCCUGAAAGAAUUUUUGCAAAGCGCUUUGGACUGAACCAUCGCAUGUUGCAAAGACCAAAAAUGUAUAUAAUGCAAUGUUUUAGUAUUUAGAAUGCAAUUUAUCAUUGCUCUGUGUUUAUAAUUAACAGCGGACAAGCUUCUGUAUCUCUUUUAUUUGUUGCUUUUUUAUACAGCUAGAUUUUAAUAUCUUCAUCAGGCCUUGCAAGGAGAGGUGCUCUAGCUCGAUCAAGCUCAUCUGCAUGGGCCUAGAAAGUUUUAGGAGCUUGAUGGAUUGGGCACCUUGCAUGCUUUGACUAAGACUAAAUGCGAAAAGCCAAAUUUUGUUAUUGUUCAUAUUUGACUAUAUUUGGUAAUAUUUUUGUUUGGGCAUUCUUUAAAUAAACUGCAAACAUAUACUCGAAAUGACAAGCUUCAAAUAAGCAACUGUAUGUUUCUUUGAGUUAACUUCGCUAUUUCAUAAUCAUAAUAAAUAAAUUAGCACAAAUCACAAUGUUAUGGUAAUGGUUAUGGUAAACGUUUCUGACACAAUAUUUGGUUUUCUCUCUUUAAAAGCUAAACUAUUAAAGGAAUCAGAUUAAACUAUACAUCAUUCGAUGCACAAGAAUGUGGCAAUUCCAACCAUAUCAAAAUAAUUUGAAAAUAUUGUAAAAUGAUACUUUCCAGGCAAAUUUUUUGCUUAAAUGAGUGUACCACCUUCAAAAGCUAUUUUGUACUCUUGCAUUCAAGAUAACAAAAUCUGACUUAUAUCAACAGAAAGAAGAGAUCCUAAGCUACCAAUGUGUGUCUCAGAUUUUUAAAAUUCCUCCUCCCCUUGAAAUUAGACGCUGUCAAAAAUGGGUAAUCAAUUUUUCUACACUCCCGCAGUUGUUUUUGGCUAU